CAAACUUGAGGGCAGAGAAGCCUAGUGUGGUUGGGGAAUGAUGGCUGAGGAAGAGGAAGAAGCGAAGCACAUCUUGCAGAAAUUACAGGAACUGGUGGAUCAGCUCUAUUCAUUUCGAGAUAGCUAUUUUGAGACACAUAGUGUUGAGGAUGCUGGACGGAAGCAACAGGAUGUGCGGGAGGAGAUGGAGAAGACUGUGCAGCAGAUGGAGGAAGUAUUGGGUUCUGUCCAGGGCAAGGCACAGGCUCUAAUGCUAACAGGGAAGGCACUGAAUGUGACUCCUGACUAUAGCCCUAAGGCUGAGGAGCUUCUGUCAAAGGCUGUGAAACUGGAACCUGAACUGGUGGAAGCCUGGAACCAGCUGGGUGAGGUCUACUGGAAGAAAGGGGAUGUUGCAGCUGCCCACACCUGCUUCUCAGGAGCCCUCACCCAUUGCAAGAACAAAGUCUCCCUGCAAAAUCUGUCAAUGGUGCUUCGCCAGCUGCGAACAGACACAGGAGAUGAACAUUCUAACCAUGUCAUGGACAGUGUUCGGCAAGCUAAGCUGGCUGUGCAGAUGGAUGUCCUUGAUGGCCGCUCCUGGUAUAUUCUGGGGAAUGCAUAUCUUUCUCUAUACUUCAAUACUGGCCAGAACCCUAAGAUCUCCCAACAAGCCCUCAGUGCCUAUGCUCAAGCAGAGAAGGUUGACAGGAAAGCUUCUAGCAAUCCUGACCUGCAUCUGAACAGGGCAACGUUACAUAAAUAUGAAGAGAGUUAUGGGGAGGCCCUGGAGGGCUUUUCUCGGGCUGCAGCACUGGACCCUGCCUGGCCAGAGCCCCAGCAACGAGAGCAACAACUCCUGGAAUUCCUUAAUAGAUUAACCAUCCUCCUGGAAAGCAAGGGAAAGCUGAAGGUCAAAAAACUACAGAGCAUGCUGGGAAGCUUGCGUUCUGCUCACCUAGGUCCUUGUGGCGAUGGACGCUAUCAGUCAGCCUCUGGGCAGAAGGUGACCCUGCAGCUCAAGCCUCUGAGUGCACUGCAGCCUGGUGUGAACAGUGGUGCUGUGGUCCUGGGAAAAGUGGUGUUUAGCCUAACCACAGAGGAGAAAGUCCCCUUUACAUUUGGCCUGGUAGAUUCAGAUGGACCUUGCUAUGCAGUGAUGGUGUAUAAUAUGGUGCAGAGCUGGGGAGUGCUCAUUGGGGACUCCGUAGCCAUCCCUGAGCCUAACCUUCGGCUUCACCAAAUUCAGCACAAAGGAAAGGACUAUUCCUUUUCCAGUAUUCGUGUGGAGACUCCCCUUCUGCUGGUGGUGAAUGGAAAGCCUCAGGGCUCCAGCAGCCAGGCUGCUGCCACAGUGGCCUCACGACCACAAUGUGAAUGACCUCGCCUGACUUGCAUGCUGAAGAGGGAGUGGAGGCCAGGAGAUAUGCUCAAGGCACUCAGCCACUAGACUGGCCACAUCCAAUGACUCGAGGAGUUUGGGGAGGGAAUAUUUUAAAUGAAGACUUUCCUUUCUCCUGUCCCGUAAGAUAUUUUGUCUCCUUUUUUUUCUCCCAUCACGUUCCAGCUCUUUUCAGGGCUACAUAGUCCCAUGGUAUAUCUCUCCUGCCUCUUUGACUGCUGUUUUAAGCAAAGAGCUUAGAAUUGUCAGAAGUAUUGGGAUCUUGACAGAGUCCCCAAGCUUCCUAUUUUUGUCUCUGUCCUGAGUCUAAUAUGUAUAUAUCAGUUCAGUAUUUAUUGCUAAGGGGAGGGGUGCUUAACUUUUUAAUGGCUUGAUUUUUGAGCAUUUUUUUAAGAUUUAAGUUCUUCCCCUAAUUUGGGGCUGGAACAGAAUUAAACUUGUUUGGAAAAAAAAAAAAAUGCCACCUAGUUUGAUUUGCUUUAUUCUCUCCAGACUUGAAUUCUUGCAUUUAAUAUCUAUUGGAAUAAUAUUGUCUAUUUGGUUUUUAUAUAAAAUAGUUUAUUUCUCUCCCAGUUAGAAGAAUUCUGGCAAUAGACAACCCAGUAAUGAAAGCUCCAGAAAGUUGCUUGGAGACUAGUUUCAUUCCAUUUUCCCAUUCUAUCAUCCCUAGGUGUGGUCUUCAUUAUGGUCCAAAGUGGCAGAGCAAUAUGGUUCUAAUAGUGUUUCCUAGGCUGAAAGAACAGAAAAAGCUAUAUAUUUCAUUUCUUUAGAUUCUAGUGAUAUAUUUUAUAAGUUUCUCUUAAUAUCCUUGUGGAAAAAUGAGGAAUUUGAGAAUUAAUAACCAGUUGAAUGGCUAUAAGACAUUAAUGCUUACAGAUGUAUUUUGGAAGACUUCUAGUGAUAUAACUCAGGUCUUUGUCCUUGGUACAGUCCUGUUCAACUCUUGUUCAGUGACUUGAGUAUCAUUUAAAUUUGUAAAGAAUGUAAAAUACAGAGGAUUUUUUAGUGAAUAGGUUACAAAAAUAAGUGUCCAUCUCAAAAAGUUAUAAAAGCCAAAUCUAACAAGAUAAAUUUUUUUAUUGGCGCAUUAUACAAUAUGGAAUUCAAUAUGCUAUUGUCAUACAUGUGCAUAAUGUAAUUUGAUCAAUCUUAUUCUCUAAAACCUCCCUUUCUCCUCCCCUUCUCCCUCUGCCUGAUCCCCUUGCUCUGUUCUAGUAGUCUCCCUUCUGUUAUUUUUUUUAAAUUAGUGCAUUAUAAUUAUAUAUAAAGGUGGGAUUCAUAGUGGUACGUUUGUAUAUGGAUAUAGCAUAAUUGGAUUUCAUUCCCCAGUACUUCCCCAUGCCCUUUUCUCUUCCCUCUGUUUUGAUUCUCUUUCUAUACUCUAUUAGUCUCCCUUGUGAGAUUCCUUUUUUU